UCUAAGUGCAUAAUAAUAGCAAUAAAGACAGAUCUUGAGUCAAAUCAAAAUGAGCCAUCCAGGUACGGCGACGCCCACUCUGACAUCACUGCAGUCUACAUGAGUGUGUGUUCUUAACUGAACAAAAACUAAGAAAAGCUCACAGAGCACAGCCGAAGAACAGUGAGCGAUUUCCAGUGAUCCAAGAAGACUCAACAUGAACAAUGAUUUCCUGUGCGCCAUCUGUCUGGAGGUCUUCACUGAUCCAGUCUCUACACCAUGUGGACACAACUUCUGCAAAACCUGCAUCAGCACACACUGGGACAACAAUGUCCUGUUCAAAUGUCCCCUGUGUAACGAGGCCUUCAACACCAGACCUCAGCUGAAGGUCAACACUAUGGUCUCUGAGAUGAUCGCUCAGUUCAGAUGUCGAGAAAGACAAGUUUCCAGAAAAUCAAGAGGAGUUCUCUGUGACACCUGCACUGGAAACAAAGCCAAUGCUGUCAAGUCCUGUCUGGUGUGUGUGGCCUCCUACUGUGAGACUCACCUGGAACCUCACCUGACAGCUCCACCUCUGAGAAAACAUCAGCUGAUUGAACCCAUGGGAAAUCUGGAAGACAGGGUGUGCGAGAAGCACCAGAAACCUCUGGAGCUCUUCUGUAAGACGGACCAGACGUGCGUCUGCUUGGUCUGUCCUGUUUUAGAUCACAAGGAUCACGAGUUUGUUCCUCUGAAGGAAGAGUUUGAAGGGAGGAAGGUAGAGCUGAAGACCGCAGGAGCUGACGUUCAGAAGAUGAUCCAGGAGAGACGUGUGAAGAUUGAGGAGGUCAAACACUUAAUGAAGGUGAGUCAGGAUAAGGCGGGCAGAGAGAUAGCAGAAGGUGUUCAGUUCUUCACUGCUCUGAAGGAGUCUGUGGACAGAGGUCUGGACAAGUUCGUCAAGAGGGUCGAGGACAAACAGACGGCAGCGGAGAAACAGGCUGAAGACGUCAUCAGAGAGCUGGAGCAGGAAAUCUCUGAGUUGGAGAAGAGGAGCACUGAGGUGGAGAAGCUCGCUCUCUCUGAAGACCACCCCCACCUCCUUCAAAACUACCCAUCCCUGAAAGAAGCUCCACCCACCAAGGACUGGACAAAGGUCAGAGUGUGUCCACUAUUAUAUGACAAAACUGUGGUCAAAGCAGUGGAUCAUCUGGAGGAGACUCUGAGACAACAGAUGAAGACAUUUAAGGAGGCGGUGGAGCUGAAGAAGGUCAGGGAGUUCGAGGUGGAGGUGACUCUUGAUCCUGAUACGGCAACACCUAAUCUCAUCCUCUCUGACGAUGGAAAACAAGUGAGACAUGGUGAUAAGAAGAAGAUUCUAGACAUAUUCGAUAUGUGUGCCUGUGUCUUGGGGAAAGAGAGCUUUUCUUCAGGCAGAUUUUAUUUUGAAGUUCAGGUUAAAGAUAAAACUCAGUGGGAUUUAGGAGUUGUCAGGAAGUCCUUCAACAGGAAGGGAAAGAUCAAUCGCAGUCCUUAUCAUGGUUACUGGUUGCUUGUAUUGAGAAAUACAGAGUACAAAGCUUAUUCUGAUCCUCGAGUCAGUCUCCGUCUGCCGUCUCCUCCUGAGAAGAUCGGGGUCUUUGUGGAUUACGACAAGGGUGUGGUCUCCUUUUAUGACGUUAAUACGGCAGCUCUAAUCUACUCCUUUACUGGCUGCUCCUUCACUGAGAAACUCCACCCAUACUUCGGUACCGGCACUAAUGAUGGUGGUAAAAACUCCGCCCCUUUGAUCAUCUGUCCUGUCUAUCAAAAUAUGCGAUCUUUUUUCUAAUGAAACCCGAAUGUGUGUUUCUGGAAUCAUCUGUUCAAGUCAAUGAUGUUGUAAUACAGUAAAUGGAGAAAACAGGGAUUAACAUUCAGAUUCUUAUUGUGACUUUAGCAUUAGCCCUAAUGGUACCUUGUGUUUUUAUUAAUACAUCAUCAACUGUUGUGGUUUUGAAAAACAAAACAAAAAAAUAUUCUGCUUUAUUUUUAAUCUUUGAGACCUGGGGUCAGUUUCACAGAUCCCCAAUAAUCACUUAUCACUUAUCUUAUUUAAAGGAUUCUUGAAUGAGAUUCAUAAGCUCAGCUUUGAUCCAAAUCAGGUUUGUUUUUUAAAUUUAAAGAAGCCUGAUCUAGACCAUGUAAAUAAAUGUUUUUUUUCUUCUUAUCUAUGUGUAUAUUUAAUCUUCAAACAAAUGAGUGUUUUUUUCUUGUUGACCUUUCAGCUCACGAUCGAUCUUGCAUCUAAUCCAAAAUCGCUUGGUGACUGUUGGACAUGUGUAACAUGUAACAAACACUGUUACAGUAACACGAUCUACAUGGAUACAGAAAUGACAGGUUUAUACUCAGCUUGGUUCAGGUCAACAAUAGAGCUGUGGUCUGAACAACUGGCGUUUUUGUGUAAACAUAAUUUUGAAUUUUCCAGUUCACUUACAGACAAAAUAUUAGGUUAUUAUAUAUUAACAUAGUUUGGAAAGUCUAUACUUGUAAAAAGUCCAGAUGUUAAAAGUGAAAUGGUUGAAAUUUGAUGUAGAAGCUAGCUAAAAUGUAGGUGAAACUUAGCCCAGAACCAGCCGAAUAAGAGCACAGGACUUUCUUGCUUAGAAGCAGUGAACCAUUUGUGUUUAUUAAACAUAAACUGUAAUAAAACAGACCAAAUCUCCUUAGUCUGCAGUACAUGACCUGUUCAUUUUCUGUACUUCCAUAGUGCAACAAAAGCAUCCUUGAUGGGGGUUACAAAUAUGACAAAUAAGAUAGAAAAUAAAUAUAAUUAUGUAUUCAAAAUAUAAUUAAAUUAUUAACAUAUACAUUAAAAAUAAGAAUUCUUGUCUUGGGAUUCUUGAACGUAAAAAGCGCCUUGCUAACAGCUGAC